UGACUGCGGAUGGUCCGGGGCUGUGAAUUCAGAACUCCUGACUCCUGCAGUGGAAAGUUGAUGGGAAGGGUCCUGCUGGUUGCAGUUCCUGCACUUUGCUCCACCUCUGGAGUGGGAGGGAGGAGCCUGGCCCCAUCCUGCAGAAAGAGCUUUUCAGUCAAGCUGAGGAAAAGUGGUUUGAUUAUUUGUGGCAAGGGGAACCUGUCUUCCCCAAGUGCAGUUCCAUUAAUUAUAGAUUAUGAUUUAUAGCAGGAGAAAUGAAAAUAGCAGCUGUUAGCUCCUCUUCCAUUCCGAUGAAAUCAAAUUUGCCCAAUUCUAGUCUGAAUUUGUGCUUUUGUUAUCCUCCAGAGAGGAAAGUAAUUGUUCUCUUGCCUGCUGUAGGGCUGGGUUGCAACACUUAGCAAGUGGCUUCUCAUCAGGGCUGGUGCUGAAUAGCUUUGUUUUGCUCCUACGCAGAAUACGUUGGUGUUUGUUUCUCUCCCCGGGAAGCUCAUGUGCUCAUUACACCCGGGAACAUCUUUAUGUUGGGAAAUAAAGGUCAUGAGUGUUUCCUUUCACCUAUCCAGCCAGGAGUCAGACUGAAAUACGCGGGAGGUGGUGAGAAGUCUUUUCAGCAAAAGGAGCUUUUGGCGUGUUUUUCACUAGGCAGCCGGUCCUCAGCACAGAAGCCAUCACUGCUUUUGUCCUUGCCCUGGGUCUGGCGGUGCUGAUUUCCUGCUCUGGAGACCGAACGCUGCUAUUUCGGGGUCCUGCUGCCUCUCCCCGUUGCUCUGGGUGAAGGAGGAGAAGAGUGUCUGAAUGAGUGAGCUGCGAUGGAUAACAAAGACGCAGAAGCUGAGAUCCACCCUCUGAAGACAGAGGAUGUAAAAGCUCAAGAGAACCAUGAAAACUUUGUUGAGAGAAGAAUUAUCAUCAAGCAGUCAUCACAACUGUCUCGGCUGUCCCGGUGGCGCACUGCUGCCUUCUUCAUCUCAUUAUUUCUGUGUCUGAUAAUUGUGUUUGCUUUCUCGUUUAUCAUUCCUUGCCCAGAGAGGCCUAUUUCGGAAAGAACAUGGUUCCAAUACUAUGAAAAUGCAGUGGCUUACCAGUUUCUUGCCAUAGAAGAUGUGGACAAGGACAAAGUGCAAGAUGUCAUCUUCGCUUUCAGAGCUAGCAACGGCAGCAGCAACUUCAACCAUACUUGUUUGGAUGAAGGUCUCCCUUCUCCAUGUGCCUUUCUUGCUGCCGUGUCUGGCAAAAAUGGCACAGUGCUGUGGGAGAAGCCGGCUGCCAAGGAGGUCGAGUGGAUGCAGUGCGGCAUCGAGCAGCUCGGGGAGGCUUCGGAACCGGGUUGCCUCGUCGUGGGGAAGCCGGCGUCGCUCACCGCGCUCAACCAGACAGGGGACGUUCAGUGGAGACACUCAAAUGACUUUGGAGCUAAUUAUACUGUGCUGACUCCCUUGUCAGUGAUUCCAGAUGUGGAUAGUGAUGGAGUUCAGGACCUGAUAAUCUUUGUUGCUACAGGAGAUAAGAUUAAGACCUUCAUCCAUUCGGGAAGAAAUGGCAAUGAGAUCGGCUCCACUGAAAGUCACAGCAUGGGUGGGAAGGCUCAUUAUAUCAGUCUGAACGUAGGCUCUUCCUCCUACUUCCUUUUCUAUACAGGCAACUCUGUCUAUGCAUAUUCCCUGAAAGAGCUCUACAGUGCAGCAACUGGGAUGGAAAAUUCGCUUCCCAGCCUUGAGCAAGAUCCUCUGUGGGAAAGGAACAUUGACCCAACCACACACCGCUUCUACCUUCCCAGCUCUGGAGACAUUCAUUACCUGGCAAAAAUUCCUGGGGCAUCACGGGACAACGUCCUGGUUGUGAACUCGGAGAUGGCUACGCUGAUCAAUCCACAGAAUCUUCAGACUUUGUGGACCCUCAAUGUGUCCCGUGUUAUGAGUGAGCCACGGCUUGGUUACUACAAACCUGAUGUUCUUGGUGUUGUCCUUGAGAGUGAGAUCGGGCCCAACAGGAAGAAGGUUAUGAUUGUUGAGGGUGGAUCUGGAGCAGUCCAGUGGGACCUGAAGCUGAACUCGAGAGCAGAGAGCCCGGGGCUUGCCACACUUUCUACUGCUGAUCACCGGUCCACCUUCCUCAUCUGGGGUGAAUACAACGUUGCAGGAAAUGAAACGGGAUCCACAGCGCCUCAGCAGAAGCUGUAUCUGUUCCAUCCUUCCUACACUAACGUCCUGUUGGAGCUCCGCAAUAACACAGACCAGAUCAUUGCGUUCAGUGCCGCGCUGUUUGAGCGGAGCCGUCACGCCUGCUAUGUGCUGUUGACUGGGCCUCAACCCGGCGAGGAGCCGGGGUUGGUAUCUCUGAUGAAGCGCAAGCUGAAGGAGGAUGUCUCGGAGAGCAAGGUGAUCUGGCUGAGCCAGGUGGCUGUGGACAGUGAGCAGUACAUCCGGGACCGCCUCUACAGGAUGCGAUUCCACAGCCGAGUGUGAGUUCACUGGGAGAGCAGGAGAGGCUGCUCUGGCCCCUCUCCUCUGCAGCACUGCACUUAGCAAACCCCGAUCACGGAUUCCAAUGGGAAGCUGCCUUUCUCGAUCUGCAAACCAAAGUGUGGCUGGCAGGGAAGCUCCCCCAGUGCCUGGGUAUGCCCAGGCUGUGGGAGCAGCUGCCGGCGCAUCCACUGUCAGAGCUGAUGGGACUUCAGUGCUUGGCCGCCACUGAGGUGUCGUGAGCUCAGGGAUGAGGUCUUUCCCCUUGGUCCUUCUGCGCCCGCAGAACUGUGCUGACUCAGCCUCUAUCUGGAGGAAAACAUGCUCGUGGGGAUGCCUGAGCUGAUUAUUUCCUGGGUGCUUGCAUGAGAAGUGGAGCUUUGGUGUGUGGUGUUAGAUUUCCUUUCUGAGUCAGCUCUCCUGGCUGCAGGAGAGGUGCUUGACUGCAGAGCCUUUUGCAAUCGUCCUCUCCUGAACUUGAUCCCCCCUUCAAUAAUGGGUGUGUAGUGCUAGACCCCAGCCAUGGCUGAUGACUUGGCUAGGUCCUACCUGUGCCAGCAGGGCACAGAUUAAAGUUUCAUUCUACUCAGAAAAUGACCUUUUCACCUGAGAAUAGCCCCGUGUACCCCACCGGGCAGUCACAAGCCUACCCAUGUCUUCUGUGCUGCUUCCUUUCCUGCCAGGCUGUACAGCACUGGUGACACUGACAGGGAGCUGGUCUCCCACCUGACCCAUACGUCCACAUCCCAGCCCCCUUGUGAUUGUAGUUGAUACAAUAACAUGAGGCUUGCUGGUCCCUUCAGGUGUGGACACCACCUCUCCUCUUGGUUUCGAGGUGCCAGGGGAUCUAGGACACUUACUAGAGUAGAAUUGCACUUUAACCUUUCCUGGGAGCUUGGCCUGCUGCUCCCGGGAGCUCUCUGUACUCCAGUGGCAAUGCCAGCUGUCCUGAAAAUACUAAUUUGGCCUUGCAGCUACUGAGGAGUCUUUUCCAAGUUCUGUCCCCUCUGCCAGGGGGCGGGCAAGCUGCAAGACAGAUGUAAGCCACUAAGAGACAACGCAGGCUGUAUGUGCAGCACUGCUCCAAGGAGAGCUCUGUGCUGCCUCCCGGCCCCUCGGAUUGAAGUGAUGCUGGGGGAGGAUCUCCAGGUGUUGUUCUCUCUGAAGGUGCAGCCUGGCGGCCCGAGGGAGUGGGUCUUGCUGGCUGGACGGGCUGCUGUGUGAAGGUGAUGUCUCCCUUGGAGAUGUCUUUAGUGUGCUGUGUCUGCUCUGCCCUGUUCCUGGUGGGCACCGGUGCAGGCUGUAGGAAAAAUGUGCAAAAAGCCUGGAAACCAGUUUGCAUAGGCUGCUGGGUCCUGAAAGCUGCUGUCCCCACACCAGCUGCACUGAGACAGCUGCUGUUCGCACGCUGCUGGGCGUCCCUUUGGCUGGUGAGAGGGAGGUGGACAGAAAACACAGCUGAACACGGUGGAGUUUGCAUCCUAAAAAACCUCCCAGGUUUCGUGGGGUUAGCCAGGGCCUUCCUCCCUCGUGCAGUCUCAGCCUGGGGCACCUGCAGGCGUACUGCAGGGUGAGCAACCUGAGACAGAACUUGAGAGCUUGUGUAGGUGCAGGAAUGAGUUCUCUCGGGGCAGCCACUGACAUUUCCCGUGCUGCAGGAGCGGCUCUGAGCGUGGGCAGCUGGGGUCACGCAGAACUGUGCGUGUGGCUGCAGCUCCCCCAGCCUUGCAGCAAAAUGAGCUGUGGCACCCAUAGUCCGGCCACACACCCACCCACUGCUGCCCCGCGGCCCCGUAGCUGCUGAUCGGGUGUGCUUGCACCCUCUGCCAGUCAGAGCUGUGCAGGAUGGGUGCCCGGUGGCCUGGAUCUGUGUGGUUGCCACAGAUUGCAUCCCUCUGAGGUUCCCGGGGCAGCGAGCACGCCCAGGCUUUAUUCUUGCCAUAACCACACUGGCUCCCUUCCUCCUCAGCUCCCUGCGCAGGCCUGACCUUCGUGGUAGGCACACUGAAUGUUCUCCUUCAAUAGUGCUGGGUUUUCAGCUCUUGGGGGGCUUUUCUGGCUUUAAGUUAUCUGUUCAUGUUUCCAAAUACUUCGGAGAUCCAGAAUUCCCUGUGGCAGCUCAACUAAACGCAUCAGUGCCAAACCAGCACCUUCUUAACAAAACAAGUCCUUUUUGCAGCUUCUUUCCGUGUGUAAUUGUUUUUUUGCAGUAUUUAAUGAAUGACUUUGUGCCUUGAUUCAAUAACUCAGAUGGGUGAUGAUGGCAUUAUAUCACUGUGUUAUGCGUUAGUGUGUUUUUUAACACUACGACUGUUUGAAUUGGUUCUUUAACUUAUUGCAAAUUGUGCUGUAUAGGACUUGGUCUAACUGUAAUGGUUUCAAUAAAUCCUCUUUUGCAUUGUUUGUAAA